AGAGUUAACUGGGAAGAGGUAAAAGGGUUGGAGGUGAACGGAAAUGGCGACACCGCAAGCGAUGGGACCACCGGGAAAUCCAAUGUUGGACGGAGGAGGAGCAGUGCAACCGCCAGGGACGGAUAUGACCGGAAUAUGCUUCAGGGACCAGCUGUGGCUGAACACGUACCCACUGGAUCGGAACCUUGUUUUCGAUUACUUCGCCUUGUCCCCUUUCUACGAUUGGACCUGCAACAAUGAACAGCUCCGAAUGCGCUCUGUUCACCCACUCGACCUCUCUCAACUCUCGAAAAUGACUGGCACAGAGUAUAUGCUCAGUGAAGUAAUGGAGCCUCACCUUUUUGUUAUUCGCAAACAAAAGAGAGAUAGCCCUGACAAAGUUACACCAAUGCUUGCAUAUUAUAUCUUGGAUGGUUCAAUAUACCAGGCUCCACAGCUAUGCAAUGUUUUUGCUGCUCGAAUUGGAAGGGCACUCUAUUAUAUACAAAAGGCCUUUACUACAGCCGCUUCAAAGUUGGAGAAGAUAGGAUACGUUGAUUCUGAAAAUGAGACUGCAUUGCUGGAAUCAAAGGUUGGUAAGGAGACAAUUGACUUAAAGGAAGUUAAGCGAGUGGAUCAUAUUCUUGCAUCCUUACAACGCAAGCUACCACCAGCUCCACCUCCACCACCAUUUCCAGAAGGGUAUGUUCCACCUCAAACAGCAGAAACCGAGAAAGUUACUGAAACUCAGGAAGCUGUAGAGUCGCAAGCUCCUAUUGUUGAUCCCAUAAUUGAUCAAGGACCUGCAAAAAGAAUGAAAUUUUGAUAUAAAAGACAAACUACAGUGGCUGUCAUUGUUUGGGUACAGGAAAAGUUUAUUAUUCCUUACAGACGACCCUUGCUGAAACAUGGUUAAUUUCGUGUUAUUCUUUGGUCUAAAAUGUGUAGCUCUAUUCUGAUCUUCACCGGGAAUGUAGAUAUUAUCAGUUAGGCUCACUGUAAGAUAGGAUGAAAUUUUAGACAAUGUAUUGACUGAUUCUGUAAACGAAAUUAAUCUCCUUCACAUUGGAUAUUUUCUAUUUGUUGAACUUUGAUGGGCAGGGACUUGCUUUCAUCCUAGUGUUCGUUGAACACCUCAGGAAAUUGCAUUCCUGUUCAAAUGUGUGAUAUAAUAA